AUGAAGAAAUUGUGUGAUAUCGAUGAGGAUGGCUCAGUCAGUGUUGAUCAUAGUCGAAUCACUCAUCUUUGUGAAAUAUUUGUUGUUGUCAAAAGUAUAUCUAAGAGUCCAGUCAGAUAUACAUUAACGAUUCAUAAAUAAGAUUUGGCUAUCCAAUUGACUGAUGGAUUACAGCAAUCAUACAAUUUGUAACACAUUGAGGAAUUCAUGCAUUUCUAUUAUCAACCUAAUUCUAAGUCUGCUGAUGUGAAUUUAUUUGCAUCUACUUUUUAUGGCAAAUUUGUUUUGCAUAUAAACAUUUGGAAAUAAGACAAUGUCAAACACAAAUCUGAUUGGCCAUUUAUUGAUACAGAGGAUGAUUCAGAUAUCUCAAGUGGAUCAACAAAUCAAAUACACAGAACCAUUAAAUCAUCUGCAUUAGAUUAAUGCUGGCCUGAUUGUGUGUUAUUGAUAUCUGUUUAAAGUGAAUAGGAAACUCCAAAAAACAAUGGGUACAAUUUUAAUUAUAAUGACCAAUUUCAUAUUAUGAUUAAUCAGGGAAUGUAGGAUGCUAUAGAAGGUUAAAAGUACGAAGUAUCAAUCAAGAGCGAAUAGACUGUUUACUUCACAUUUAAGAAUUUGUAAAAGUUUAGAGAUGAUGCUUAUUUGACAUUCUCAUUAUUGUAAAUCAUUGGUAAUGGUUUCUUCACAAUCAGUGUAAACGGAGGAGAUAAGUUUGAGUAUCCCAAUUUAUAUGGAAAUUUUGAUUUCCAUGCAGACGGAUCCUACUUUCAAUUGUCUAAAGAUAAAUUGAAUGAGAAGCUAAAGGAGAAACAGAUUUCGAUUCAGGAUGCCUAUUUGAUUAUCUCAGUUGCAGGAUUACAAAGUUAUUAUAAUCCCAUCCAAUAAUCUGUUAAAUUGGAAUUCACAAUUUCGUACAUGAACAUGGAUUACAUUCAAAUUAUGCAUAGUCAACCUAAUACAAUCCAUGCCAAACUACAUCAACCCACUAUUGUUUAAUUUUAUAAUUAUCUUAAAUAAGAUAUCUUCUUUAAAUUACAUAGAUUCAUAGGAUAUGGAAACAUGUCUGUUUUCAUUUGCAAUCAGUAAAGUAACAUUGCUGAAUGUGUAAAAGACAGCAAUGAUGCAGAAUUCAAAUAUCUUGAUACAGUUUUGGCUGCUGGAAAUGAGAAUUCAUAAAUCUUGAUUUAAGCUAACGAUAAAGAUAAAUUCUGUGUUUAUUGCACAUACAUCAUCAAAAUUGAAUCUUCUGAUAGCGAAUUACAAGGCUAAUUAACUGUGGUGUUGGAUAAUGACUUCGUUAAAUUGCCAGCUGGUGUUUAAUACAGUGAUUAUGUAGAAAACAAGAGAUCAUCCUAAUUCUCCAUUUCCUAUACUUAGGAUAGCAAAAUUGAAAUAUUUAUCUAAAUAUUUACAGGAGAUCCUAUUGUCCAAUAUUCAUAUAGCUAAGAUACUCUGAAAUCCAGCAAAAUUGUAAAGGCAUAACCAAAUAACAAAUACAUUCACCUUACUGUUCCCAGUCAAAAAGUAUUGGAUGAACUUGAAUAAAUUGCUGAACACUUGUACAAUAUAAACAAUGAUAAAAAAAAGGAUAAUGAUGAUGAAAAUGAAAUUAGCCUAUUACCAUCUCAUUUUAUUCAUGAUGAAUUAUAUGUCAGAGUUUCCACAGAAUCCAAUGAACCCUGCAACUAUACAAUUUACUAUACAAGUGAUUAUGUUAAUGGAAAAUUGCAAGAUGGUAGAAUACAUUUUGCCAUUAUUGAACAGAAUAUUACAUUUUUGUAUGAAAAUUAUAACGAAUAGGUUUCAGUACUCAAUCUAUCUCCCCUUAAUUAAACAUCUCUAUAAGAUAUUGAAAUAAAAGUCCUUUAUAUUAAAAAGCAAUCAUUCGAUGAUUUCCACUAUGAAUAUUUAUAAGAUAUACCCAUCAAAACUAGAUUAAUACAUCCUCUCUCCAGCAGCUAUGAAUUGCCUAAAGAUAAUGGGAUCUAUGAAAUUAUCCUGAUAAAUAAGAAGUAUAUUGAAAAUGGAAAAGAAACCAAUCCUACUUUAUUCAUUGAAAUAAGUGUCUCCACCAAUGACAUUAGAAUCUUACCCAUCUAAAGACAUCACAGUGGUUAUAUCCAACCAAAUGAUAUCGAUUACUUUGAGACUUAUUCUCCAGCUGAAGGGUAUUUGGCUGUUGAAAUUUACUCAUGCUCAUCUGAUAUCAACUUUAGCUUCUCAAAAACCAAUUUUAAAUCUUUCGUUGAUGAAGAUUAUGACGAAUCUGUCGAUAUUCCAGAAAAGGAUUAUCAUGUUGAAAUGAUCUCAGUGGACAAGGGAACUCUCUGGGUUGCCGUCAAAGGAAUCUCUACCACUCCAGCCUAUUAUCAUAUUACCAAUCAUUUCUAUUAAAAUAAAAAAGAAAUACCUUUUGGUAAAAUAUUGGCUGGCAACGAUGGCCAUAUUAAGUGGCAUUUAGAUAAAUAAAAAUCUGAUUCAAUAUAAAUAGAAUUUGAACAUGCCACUUGUAAUAAAUGCAAUUUGGAGGGAGUCUAAAUUAAUUAUCACAUCUUUAUUGCUCAAGAUGAAAAGAAACUACAAAUGUUGGGUUAUUGUGGUAAUGAAUAAUUCGAAACCCACAAGGCAGAUGAUGAAAAAAUCUUCAAAAAGACUAUUCAAUCAUAUCGCCUAGCUGAUCACAAUGGCAGUAUUGUAUAUGAAAUUGAAUUUCCAAAUUUAGUUACGUAUGAAUAUGCAUCAGUUGGAGUUUUUGCUACUGUUGAUAAUUUCAUGAAUUCCACUUCUUAAAUUAAAGUAUUUUAUAGAACCAUCCAAGUACCAGUACCAAAUUAUUUUGCAAAAUUCUUAAAUCAUAAUAGAACAUUCUUUACUUUCUUAAUAGUUGGCAUGAUUUUGUUAAUAGCAUUAUUGACUCUUUGGCUGUGUUAUUACAUUAAACGAUACAGAAAUACAAAAUAUAAAUUAGACUUUUAAUUAGAGUAGGGAGCCAAAAUUAUUGCCUCCAACAAAUUACCUUAGAAUGAUGAUGCUGCAUUCUAAAAUGAUUUCAAAAUGAAAUACUAGACAUUUGAAGAGGAUUGA